UUUAAUACAAUGUUUACUUGUCCUGGAUUUUGUGGAGGGCAAUAUGUUCAUGGUGAUGAAGCUUAUCAAUAUCCUGAUUCUAUGAUUGUUAGACGUUGUUUCAAACGCGUAGAGCAUCAAAAAUCUAUUAGCAGCAAGAACAGUGAACUUGACGAUUCUGUAAGCAGUGGAAGCAAAAAACAAUCAAUUGCUGAUGAUUCUUCAAUUUCUACCCAACAUUUUUCUCCUACCUUGUCUAAUCAUGAAAAAUGUUUAUCAGGCGAUGAGAAGAAGGAAGAAAGACAAAAGAGUCGUUCAAUGCGAUUUGUUAGUAGAAUAACAAAUGAAGGAGGAGGGAUAACUGGAACGGCAAAAAAACGUUCAGCUCGUUCUCCUUGUAGACAACUCAUUGAAUCUGAACAGAAAGGUUGGCAGUCACAAGAUGGAUGUGCUUCUGAAUUAUUAAACAACCAAACAGCUCCAAGGAAACAAUGUCGUUCUAGCCUUGAUACAAUUCAAAAUGAUUAUGAAGAAGAAAUUAUUGUUGAAAAACCUCCAGGUUUGGAUGUUCACUGUCCAACUGAAUCGCUUCGUGGAAUUUACCCAAAUGAGAAACUUGCUCCUCGUUAUGGAAUUGAAGAAAUUAUUCGUGAAGCUUUUCAUAAAAAUCUUGUUAAAGAUUUAUAUAAUACUCGAAGAAUGUCACAACCCAGAGAUGGUCCACUCGUCCCAAAAGCAACAAUUGAUCGACCAAAUGCAAAUGGACCUUUCUGUUUGUUGAGACGGUCUGACGAACAUGUUGGUGUUUUUGGAGUUCAGGAAAUUGACAGAGCUUAUAAAAACAAAGAUAUUGACGUUUCAUUUAAGGUAUUUUAAUUUUUGUUUUUGUCGUCACUCGUUGUAUUGAUGAAUCUAUUUCUUCUGAUGUU